UCAUGGACACAUCUCGCCUGUCGCCGUCUCAUGUAUGUUCGGCUAUGUAGGCCAGCACCCUUAUGUGGCAGUGCCUCCUUUCAUUCCCAUUCACUUCCAGGAACCAAUCUACCAGCUACGGCCAUACCAGCUUACGAUAGCAUGAAAACCAAACGCUGCGACAGCAAUUCUCCACAUUACGGUGCCCAAUGUGGUGUAGCUCUCGUGCGUCUUGACUGCAUGACCUACACCAUAUGCUGGUAAAGCUUUCAGGGAAGGAACCACCCUCGAUCUGUUCGGUCAUUAGAGCACGACUGCCAUCGGGUGCGUGGUUGUCGAGGCGUGGUUGCGCGCAUACAUCCGCAGCCGCAAUGGCUGGAAACUCGCAGUUUGCCCCACAACAUCCCCGGCAGCCGUGCUAUACUACCACAGGGACACGCAUGUUUCAGGCAAUAAGGCUGCGCCGAUGCUCCAGUUCCGCUUACCGACGGUUGGAACCUGGCGCUGCGGGCCGCACACCCGCGUCGCACAGCGAAUUGUUAUAAUAAGUGAGAGACAACGGUGAAUAAUCCUUGUUCAGGACAGGCAAUGUGCUGAGCGCAGGUGGCAAACUGGCAAUUAUCCAGGUGUCGCGGAUCAAUGCCAAAUCCCGCUUAGUCUCGUCGUGGACUGUCGGCCGGCUCUGCGAUGACCCUUACGCUCAAUGCUGCAUCCACUCACUAUUUCAAUUAGACUAUCCUUAACUUAUCCCUUACUCUCGAUACGGUCCAAGUGCCCUUUCAUUACUGACAGAACAAUUCAAGUUCGCAAGCAAGAAUGCUCCCGGACCCGGAAGAUGACACUUGCUGGAUAUGCCUGGAAGGCAUCAACGAUAGUGCCGCUGGAGGAGCCGCGGGAGGAGCAAACAAUCGGCUGAUACAGCCCUGCCGGUGCCCGCGACUCGUUCACAGCGUGUGUUUGGCUAAGUGGCAGUUGUCCCAAAGCGGAAAGAGUGAGGAGAAAUUCUGCCGCUUCUGCAAGGAUCGCCUUCCAGACUGGCAGGAGAACCUAGCUCUGCCGGGAAUGGCGGCAGUGGAGCCGGUUAUGUCGGUGCACUUCAACGGCCAGACGCACAUGGUCAAGGUGAAGCCGGGCGAGGAGGGCCGCGUGGCGUUCAUCCAGGACGUGCGGCGCCUGCUGCGCCUGCGCGACAACCAGGAGUUCUCCAUCACCUUUGAGUGCAAGGUCCCCGGGCACGGCAUGUUCCUGGACCUCAAGGGCCUGUCCUCCUACGACGCCGCCGUCUUCUGCGCCGCCAUGACCGCCGUGGAGCGCCAGCGCCUGGCCGCGCAGAAGGCGCAGAAGGCCGCCGCAGCAGCCGCGGCAGCAGCAGCCGGCUCGAGCACCGCCGCCGCCUCGACCUCCGUUGUGCAACCCGCCGCAGCAGGUUCGGGCGCUAGGCCCUCUGCCUGCGCCCCGGCCGCCACCAGCGCCAGCACGCCCGCGGCGGCCGCGGCGGCACAUUCGGCUUCCGAUGCGCCCUCCGUACCCGCAGCGGCGCCGGGCGCCCGCAGCGCCGGCCAGGCAGCCUCGGACCUGCGACCCAGCGUGACUGGCAGCGAGGGCGCCGCCUCGGAUGCCGAUGUGCACCACCCGGCCUCACGGGCGGCCUCAAGCAGCAGUGGCGCCAGCCGCCAAACCCUGCACCAGGAGUUGUUGGCCUCCGGCCUGUCGUCGGGCCCUCACCAGGCGGCGUCCUCAUCCGCAGUGGCAGCAGGGCCUACCUCCGCGUCACAGGUGCCGCUGAGCCUGGGCUCCAAUGGCGCUCGCUCCGGUGCCGCAACGGCUGCGGUGGCGGGGCCUUCGCAGCCGGCGGCGACGGGCGGCGCAAGUGGCAACGCCGCGACCGGGCGCAACGCGCGGUGGCGCAGCAACACGUUUGACAGCGCCUGUGAGGUGGAGCCGGAGGGGUCGGCAGGUGGCAACAGCCCCACAGCUAGCGCGGCAGUUGGCGGCGCCGCAGCAGGCGGUGCGGCGGCGACGGCCAGCGCCGCGCUUGGCGCCGACCGCCGCAAGCACGCACACCGACACCAGCGCAACGAGCGCUCCGCACAGAAUGCGAGCAGCGUGGCUGCGGCGACAGGCUCGCCUCCGGCAGGUGCUCCGUCGCUGCUUAGCCGGCUCUUCCUGUGCGCGGGCCUAGGCAGCACAGGUGUGUCCAGGCCGGUGCCGCUGCAGUAGUGCGAAGUCGCGUGUGCUUGAGGCUUCACCGCAUGUGCUUGCCACCGUAGUAAAUGUGGCAACGCAUUGUGCAGCGUAGUCCAGGCGUGAAGAAAUCUAACAUAAUAAACCCAACCUGGGGGUGAAUGCCUGGCGUGUGGGACGGCCUUCGUCCGCCCCUGGCCUUCCCCCCGCCUGACUUGUCCGUAAUACUUUGGCUGUAAGCGAAUAACAGUACGGUGUCACAUGCGUAGCAUGCCACCACUUUACAUGCGCUUCGGCCGUCAAGGGUGUGUGACUUCAGUUUGUUUCUGACGGGUGGUAAAGACGGCUUGUGCCCUGAUGUGUUGAUGUUUGGUGACGCUGCCAUUGAUGUUUUGGACAGGCUGGCUUUACUUAGAUGCAAGGGGUUCCGUCAGAACCCCGAUACCUCCUGACCAAGGAAAAGCCACGCAGUAGCCAUGUUUAUUCGCCCUGCCGGAUCGGGGCACAGUACAGGUUGUUGAGGCACGUUGCCAUGGGACGGUAGCCUUCAUCGCAUCAGGUGCACAUCGACGCACUGCGCCACAUAUUGCUGAUGCAUAUCAUAGCAGAGUAACCAUUUGAAUGCGUUUGAAACUGCUGGGCACCAUUAGCAUUGCAAUCCUCUCUUGGCCGCACCGUGAUGUUUGGAAAUUGUGCACACGAGCCGCCACGGACCUUUCGUUGGCGUGCAAAAUCUGUGCGCAAAGGGACAUGAGGCGGGGCCGGCGAAGGGCGUGGGAUGAGUAACAGGUGCCGAGACCGGGAACGGCAACACGUAAUAGCAACGGAAUGAGAUUGCAAAGUUAUUGUCGCCCUAUCAGAAACGGAGCUGAGGGCGGUGAGCUGUAUAGGUUGAAUUUACGCGGUGCCAUGCCGAAGGAUAGACGGAUCCGUGAGUAUCGAAAUGGGUGUGGGUACGAGCACACACGGUGUUUAAGAAGCGCGCGACGCAGCAGCAGCAAAACCAGCCGGCGACAUGUCGCAGUGCGGUUGGAAGCGGGACGAUUGCUGUGCAUGUAGGUUGAGGGAACUGGAGAGAUGGGCUGGUGGGGGUCCCUUCGCUCCCUGCCCGGGCGUGGGGGGACUGCUCCCAGCUAGUUUAUCAUGUUUGGAUGAAUUGAACGUGACAUCUUUGGUUUGUGACAUGCAUGUAUCCAUUGUACACCGCACCGCUUGUGGGGGGUUGAACGUGUGUGGAGGCAGUGAUGCUGCACACAUCGCCGCAGCUGCGCAGCAUCUGUGAUUCCAGAGGAUACCGGUACUCACGGGUACGGCCGGGACAAGCUCUCUUCUGCGUCUGGACAGUCGGCUAUUCUUAGCGCUGCGUGUUGAAGCUAACAUAAACUGUAUUCAUGUGGGUUUCCAAGGAGAACAGAGGGUUGCAUGUGAUGUGUUGCCGCGUGACUUGAUCUCCAUUGUAGGGAACGGGCACCGGGGGCGGGGACGCCAUGAGGGCUGGCAGAUGCAACGCGGGGAAAGCAGGCGCUUUGCAAGGGAGUUUACCCGGUGGCCGACUUGCACUGUAAUUGUGCGGCACU